AUGUGUUGUGAGGCUCUCAAAGCCCUUUGCCUUGACUCCCCCGACAAUGCAGCAGCCAAGGUUAAACUCAGCGAGGCAACCACCGGUAAAUACCAGUUUAAGAAGCUUCAUGCGGAGGUUGCUCGCCUUCGCCCGCCUCAGCUCGACCAUGCAACCUACAUUGGCCCCGUCGAGACUCGUCAGUCUGGAUCCCGUGGGAGGGGCCUUUUCACUACCAAAGCAGUUAAGACAGGUGAUCUUUUGUUUUGUGAAAAGGCGUUUGCAUACGCAUUUCAUGAGGGUGAGGGAACGAGCGGCGAGAGCUGCAGGCUGAUGAUGAAUCUCCUGAUUGACGUCAAUGCCAACAGCUUCACCUCUGGAGCCCAGCCGGAACUCAUCACCAUGCUCGUGCAAAAGCUUUACCGGAAUCCCUCUCUGACUUCUGCGAUCAAGAGCCUCCACUGA